AUGAUCUUUGCCUCCGGACUCGUUCUCGCCGCAGUUGCAGUCACUGCCGCCAACGCUGGCAACCCCAGCAACCUUCGCACGACCGAUGAAGCGACCACCACUAACGGUGACAAGUCAUUGCUCCUUGACCAUUACCCCAGUGGCAGCGAAGACAUCGAUCCGGAUGAUCUGACGAUCGAUCUUACGGAGAUCCUUGGAGAGAGCACUGACGGCAGCCACAUCAAGCUCAACAUCCUGGACUUGAUUGGCUCUGGAAGUGACCAGGUUGACAUUGAUGACAUCAUCGAAGCAUUCCGUGACCCAUCCGGAGACGAUUAUCUUCCCUGGCUGGACGACCUUGAUGAGAAGGACGGUAGCCAGGAGCACCACCACCACCAUCACCACCACUACCACCACCACCACGAAAAGGAAGACAAUGCUGACAUGGCUGGCAGCGGCAAUGAUCUGAUGUGGAUUAACGACUGGAUCAGCACAAACGCUGGAAGCAGGGACACUUUUGCCACGAAGGGCCCUAUCGGGGGAGCUGCCGGGGACAUUGACUCGUUUGAAGACUCUAGCCCCGACGCCCUAAACUCUGGAAGCGCAGACCCGAACGCUGCUAAGGCCGCCACUAAGGGAUCCUAUCCGUACGGCAAGGGUCAGGGCUCUGGCGAUAACAACAUGGCGUGGCUCUUCGAGGACGAUGGUAGCGUCGACCCAAGUGCCACGAAGGGUGGAGCUGCAUUCGUGACUGGUGAUGACCCGGUUGCCACUAAGGGCGGCCUGAAUGGAGCGGGUGUGUACCACGAUGACCUGACCUCUGGGAGCACCGACCCGGUGGCAAGCAAGGCCUCGAAGGCCUCUAAGAAGGGCGCUGUCGGUCCAAUUCCUGUGUACCUGUUCAACGAUGGCUCGAACGCUGACAUUGACGAGAAGAUCGUGGAGGACGACAACCACUCGUUCAUGUUCGCGGGCGCCACCAAGGGCUCGUCUCCGGUGGUCGAGGACGACGACGACAACAGCAAGUCGGAUGCUGAUGUGUCGACCCAGGACGAGCCUGUGCAGACGAGCAGCGUGGACCCGGUGGCGACUAAGUCCACGAAGUAG